UUGUAGUAAUGAUACGCUGAUAACUACCUUUUUAUAAUAUAAAAAAGUUCUGGGAGGAGGGGGCCCACCUAGUGAAUAUAUUUCUGACUACGUGCUAGCAUCGUCUACUAGUCGUCCGUCUUGUCUCGUGUGGAUAUCUGACUGCGAUAUAUUAUUGCUUACACAUUGUCUUUCCACUCGUACUAUAACAUACAAAUAUGCCGAAAACUUCAAGUAAUUUAAAAAGUUUAUUUGCUCAAUGGAUUUCGUCGUACAAUAACCAACAAACGAUUUUCACGACAGAUGGUGCAACAAUUUUUUGUCAAGUUUGUGAGAGAAAUAUUCCUUGCACCAAAAAAUCAUAGGUAACACAACAUGUUCAUACGGCUGUCCACAAAAAUGGUUUAAAACGUAAAUUAAAUAUUUCAUCAAAACAAUUAUUUUUAUCAGAAGCUACUCCCAAUGAAAACAACAACAAUGAUUUUAACAAAGAUUUGUGUCUAGCCUUAGUAGCAACUAAUAUUCUUUGGUAUAAAAUGCUAGUUCCUCAAUUUCGAACAUUUUUAGAGAAAUACACUGGCAAACAUAUACCAGAUGAAAGUGCGUUAUGUAAAAAUUCUCGAGCCGUGCUACCAUAAUACUUUAAAGAAAAUUAAAAAUAAAAUUGGUGAAAAUAAUAUUAGGAUUUCUGUAGAUGAAACUAUAAAUAUAAAAGGUCGUUACGGUGCAAAUUUACUGGUGGGAAUAUUAAAAUCAAAUACUCCGACUCGCCCAUUUCUUCUGACAUGCAAAGUUUUGGAAAAAACUUAUCAUUCCACUGUUGUUCGGUUUAUCAAUGAUGAAUUAAAAAUUUUAUGGCCGUUGGGUGGAAAUGACGAAAAAGUGUUGUUAAUGUUAUUGUAUGCAGCUCCAUACAUGACAAAAACUGGUGAUACACUAAGUUUUCUACUCAAAUUUAAUUCACGUUACGUGUGUAGCUCACAUGAUGAACAGGAUUGCAGAGAAAGUGUACAAAGAAAUAUUGCCCAAUAUGCCAUUAUUAGCCCCAGAACCCGUAUUAAUAGGUGGGGAACUUGGUUGGAAGCCGCUGUAUUUAAUUGCAAUAAUUUUGAGGGUUUGAAAAAUGUUAUAGACAAAUUAAGUGAAGAAAAGUCACCAGUCAGUAUUGAAAAAUGCAAAAAUAUGUUACACCUACAGGUUAGUUAGUUAUUACUGUAAAAAAUGAUUUGAUUUUUAUUAAAACUAAUUUUCUUCAAAUUGUUACAACUAUCAAAAGUUUGGAAAAAUCAAAUACUCCCUUAGUUGAUGUCAGUGGUGUGAUUGUGGGGGCAAGGAGGGGCAAGUGCCUUAUCUGACCAUUUUUUGAGAUAUAAAGGUAUAAUUUUGCCCCCCCCCCCAGAUAAUCCAACAGUACAAAUAGCAACUUUUAUUAAUGAA